AUGUUGACCUCAACCCUUCUCGCCCUCACCGGGCUGCUCCCCCUCACCCUGACCCUCGCCGCCGACACCCCGCAAAAGCCCCUCAACCUCGAGGCCGCCAAGCCCUUCGCGGCGCUCCCCGACCCGCUGCUCCCCGGCGCCGGCUCCCUCCUCCUCAGCUUCGGCGCUGCGUCCUCGUCCUGCGACGCCGGCGAGAAGACGUGCGACGCCAAAUGCAUCCCCCUCUCGGGCACCUGCUGCUCCACCGGCACCGGCGGCUACUGCGAGUCCGGCAAGUACUGCGUCUCGGGCGGCUGCUGCCCCGUCGGCAAGACCUGCACGGGCGCGCCGCAGGGGUGCUCCGCCGGCAAGGUGCUCUGCAACGGCUUCUGCAUCCCCACGGGUAGCGUGUGCUGCGCCUCGGGCGGCUACUGCGACGCGGGCGAGACGUGCACCGCCGACGGCUUCUGCGCAAAGUCCUCCGGCAGCGGCAGCGGCAGCGGCCAAUGUGACACCGGCAAGGUGCCCUGCGGGACCGGGUGCAUGCCCGCGGGCCAGGUGUGCUGCUCGUCGUAUUACUGCACCACCGGGGAGACGUGCGCGGGCAACGGCAAGUGCAACACGGGCAGCAGCUCCGGCGGCGGCGGCGGCGGGGGGAGUGGCCAGUGCGGCACGGGCCAGUCGCCGUGCGGAAGCGGGUGCAUGCCGGCCGCCCAGGUGUGUUGCGACACGUACUACUGCUUCACGGGCCAGACGUGCGCGGCCAACAGGAAGUGCCGGAACCCCGCGAGCGGCGGCGGCGGCGGCGGCGGCGGUGACGACGAUACUACGACGUCCAGUCUGUUCCUGACCACGACGCCGCUCCCAACCACCACCACGACGCUCGAGGAUUCGCCUGAGCCGACGACGACGGAGGACGACGAAGGGUCGACCUCGACCACGACCGACUUUUUCGCGACGUCGGGUACUACUACUGCCAGCUCUCGGACGACGGGGUUGGCGGCGCCGACGACCACGGGCCGGUCGGGUGCGGGUUCGGCAGGGAGGAAUGUGGAGGGUGCGGUGCUUGUGAUGGGAUUGCUCGCAGCGGCGCCGCUGGUCGUUUAA